AUGCAACCAACCCCGGGUUUCAGCGUGGCCCGACCAAACAUUUCGACUCAUAGCUUGCACCCGGCGAGUCAGAGGGAGGUCAACUGUGGCAACAUUAUUGUAGAUCCACGAGCCUACGGAACCAUUCCCGCUAACUCACUGGCUACCAAGUGCUCGCUUUGCAAACAAACAGUUCUGACAAAAGACUACCAACUCACAUUCCGGAAAAGCCAAGCAUUGAAGGGCUUUGCAAUCAGCUCACCCGAAUCAGUUGCCAAGGGUCAGAGAAAGCGCCAGCCUCUGUGUUUGGAGUGCGUCAAGCGGCAUUUCGGUCAUGUCACCCAAUGUGGUGACAAACUGACAAUCAGCGUAGCAAGGACCAACCGGGGCUCGGCGGGUUCAGUUGAAAUCUGGUUUCAGCGCAAGUCACUGGAGGAGGAAUGGAGCCAACUGAAGGAGUUGUCGGGCGAAGAGAUCGGCAACCUGCGAGAGAAGGCAGAGGAGGAACGGCCGGGCGGGCGCCGCAAGACAACUGCAGCGCAAGCAGCAGUGAACAGGGGGCGAAAAGUGGGGGAGACAGCAAGAUCCAGCGCGCAAGUGGAGGGACAACCACGCACAGAAAACGGCGACGCGUCCGGCGCAGAGGAUCGCCGAACAACCAUCGACCAAGCUGUGAUGUAUCUCGAUGGCCUCCGAUCAGGAGAAUGCGCUUUUUACAGCGUCGGCGAGCAGGAAUCCGCUGGUACAGUCUAUCUGGCUAGUACUUGGAAUCACAACGGCGCGAGACCCAAACCUCUCGGACGCCCUAGCAAAGUGCGCGCGUUGCUCGAGACGGUGCAUCGGGACACCAUGGGAAACCUGAGCUGCACCUGCGACCGGGGCCGGUUGUACUCUCAGGCGCCCUGCGUGCAUAAACUUACGCUACAGGCAUUGGGGUCGCCGAGAUUGGCUAGCGCCAUAUCGCUGCAGAAGGGGACGCGGGUGGUGGAGAUAGCAUGCGACAGGACCGGGGAGCGGGUUUUUGGGGUGUACUGGAACGCUGGUUCGCCCUCACCUCAGCGGACCAUGGUCCACUAUGGAGAGGGGCCGCAGAUGGGCUGGUAUUGUGAGGGGAGGAAGAGCGGAUGCAGCAAGACGGCUGACUGUUCGCACAUCCAAAGGGUGAAGCGAGCUUUGAGCGAAUCGAGCGGUGUGGAAAAGCUCAGCAGGAGUUCGUUUUCAGAGGAGCAGCUCGAGCUCGCAAAAACGUCUUUGAAGGACGGUCUAGGGGAUAGCCGGGGCGGUGACUGCGUGGCGCAGAGCGGGCAGUGUGCGCCAGACGCCGACGUGGACGGGUACCUUGCGGAGCUGGUCGUUGGCAGUCACGAGAGGGCCGCAUGCAAAGGGCCAAGUUGCUUCUGCAAGCAGCAUCCGAGGGUGUUCGGCGGCGCUGAUGUGGACGAGGAGCCCUGCGCAGCGAGGUGCUGCGCGUCUGCUCAAACGAACGGAAAGCGAGUCCGAUCGGAGCAAGGAGAAGACUCCAGUGGCGUUGGAAAGGCGAGUGCGAAAUCGGGCAAACGGAGAACCAAAUCGUUCUGGGCGGCACAAGGCAUAGAGACGGAGGGGUCGAAUGCUGCAACGGGCAGCGCGGGGAAGGCUGAGUCGGAAACAGCCGAGGAGAGGGGGCGGGGAACGGAGAGCGCUCCCCAGUUCGAUGAUCGGAACGCGGUCUCAAUUCCGGUGUGUAACAUCUGCGUGUGCCCCUCGAACGUGUGCACGCAUGGUGCCUUUCGCGGUGCUGCAACGGUGUUGCCCAUGGAAGCUGAGGGCGUGCAGCUGGAGGUGCCCAAGCUCGUUCGCCCGGCGGACUCCUGGCAGGUUCACGACCCCGAGGUGUCGCUGCUGCGAAGGCCCGUUCGAGUCAGCGAGCUCACGGCCCGGGAUUUCGCGGAGUUGAGCGCUGCGAAGAGUCUCUCCGCCGCGUGCCCGCAAGGGCCACCCCCUUGCUGGACCCGAUGGUUGGGGCUGUGGCAAAUUGCCCACAUAUACGACUUGUACUGGUCGCAAGAGGUCAAGCUCCGGAUCUACUGCUGUGCAUGCCCCGAGAAGCAUACCGUUCAUUUCAACGGGGAGGCCCUCGGCUUGUACGCUUGGACGCGCGGGGUGGUCAUCACGCAAAAAGCCUGUCAGAUACUGCUACGAGACGUUCAGAAUACGGGUGCUGCUUUCAGCUCGCUCGUUGCAGCUGCAAACACUGUGCGGCGUCAAUACAACCCCGAUGCAACCAUCUUGUCAGAGGAGUGUUGGCGUAAGGCAACCCUUGGCUUCUUCAAGCUGUGUGGGCGGCAGAUCAUGGAGUGCUGCUCUCUGUGCGGGCCACAUCCGGAGGUACUCCUAUGCGACGGCAUCACGGGGCUUGCUUGCGCUGACGGCACCCGUCAGAAGGGUGGGCUUGCCGGUACGGAUGCCGCCUUGCUUCGGCCCUUCACUGCGCCAAGUCAAGGCUUCGAUGGAGUCAACGUGCGGAAAGUAAUGGAGGCCGGAAGCAACUACUUGGCGGCGUCUCUGUCGGGAGGGGGCCUGAAAAAGCGUCUCCUGCAUCAGCCCGAGCUCCGGACGCUUCUAGCGCGAUUUAGCGGACACCAUGCUGCUGACCCGGAGCUAGGAAAGACGCCCAGUGCACGAGAGUACGAGGAGCUCCUGGUCGCGCUUGACAGAGACGACGUGCAGGUCGUCGCGGACUUCGUCCAAGAUCCAGAUGAUGCCGAUGCCGACCCCGUUCUUCUGCACUGGCGUCGGCAGAUCCCGGGCCAUCAAGUCGGCCAGGUCCGAUCGAAGAACAAAGCGGUGUGCAAGCUGCUCGAGGGCAUCGAGAGAGAAUCGAUGCAAGACGGGGCCCGAUGGCCUCCGCACUGCCCCCACAGAUGGGCGGAAUUGCUCUACACCCUUGGAGCGCCAUUCUCGGUGUCGGACGACUCCAACCUCAUCCAGCAUGGGAAGGCCCUAGGAGUGGUCCGCAAGCUUCUGUUAGGGGAAGCCGCAAACGACGACGACAGGGUUGUACUGGCCGAGCAUUCCCCAAUCCUGCGCCGGCUGCUAGACCACUACGGUGACCGCUUUCCCCGGUAUUUCCAUCCCGCGCUACACCACCUGUAUCGGUUGACGUUGUUUGCGCGGGGCGCGAUGGGGCUUGGGGUCGGGCGGGCGGGGUGGGCGUUGUCGGCCAUCGAAGGCCUCGAUGUUUGCGUGUGGCUGGAGCGGGAGCCGAAACCCUUGAGCUUCGAGCAGCAGCAAGCCUUCGACUUCUGGGCGGCCCGGGCGAAUGCUCUUCUCCCCGGGGUCGAAAGCCUUUCCCCUCCAGACCCGUACGAGUACACCCUCCUUCCGCCGGAGCGGAUCUUGUUGAACGAGCGGCUCGGUCUCGGGGCGGACGGAUCGGAGCUUGGCCCUCUUCCCCCAGAUCAUCCCUACUGCCGUGAGCAGCGAGAGCUAGGCUGCUACCCGUUGAAAGGCUGGGAGCAAAAACGCCCUCUCCCGCAAUACGAACCGUUCGAAGACGAUCUCGGUAGGUCUCGCGAGCGCGACGAGGAGCACCGGUGUCGGAGCGGGCUCACCGUCGGUGAAUUCGAUGCCAAGGUCGCUCUCGAAAGCGGGAUAAAGAAGACAAAAUGCCUGCAACGGCACACAAAGGGCGGCUUCGUCUUCUCGUGCCCUCAUUGUGUCAUCUAUGGCUUCCACGUCAUGCUCCGCGGGGAGUCGCCGCGAGACCCCUUCACCGUCCUGUACACGCGGCUCAAUCGGAGAGAUCUUCCUCUGUACCUCAUCCACGACAACGCCUGCAAGCUGCGUGCCUACGCGAUGCGGAGAGAGCCAGCGUUCUUUGCAGACGUUCGGUUCCUGGUCGAUAGAUUCCAUUUCCACCACACAACCGCCGAGGCACACAAGUGUGGUCCAUCAUACAACACAG